UUAUGAAUUGCAAUAUUGCAUAUAUGAUCUCUCUUUUCCUCUCAACCUUAGAAGCGUCAAGGAAACAGUAUUCAUAGCACUGGAGCCACGUUAAUGUUUUCACUGAUUUGCUUAAGCACCUUCUUGAACUCUAGUUUAAGAAAGAAGUAUUUAGCAGCAAGAGAUUAGAAAGAUAAAAUGUUUUUUUAUCUUUAACGUGCAGAAUUCAGGAUCAUUUCUUGAACGCAGGACUCUUGGUGUAGAGUCAGUAAUUACUCAAGACAGCAAAGAGGCCAAAGAUAUCACCAAUUACUCAUGGGGUUAUCAGGUAAUUAUCUGCUAAUAGAUAGCCUAAAUCAUUGAUGCUUUGCUCAUGUCAUAUAAUGUAUAAACCGCUAUUGAUAAUUUAACCAAAACUUUUUAAGACAUUACGUUUUCUGCCACAUUAAUCUACCAGCUUCAGAUUAUUCUUUAGUAGAGCAUUUCUAAGGCUGACAGUAAUUCACAAACCUAACCACCAUAAUUCUUUGACAAGUGAGUGCAAUUUAUAAUUAAGCUUUACACCAGUAUAAAACAUUUCCUUAAGGUUGGCUUAUUAGGGGAGAAGUUACAACUUUACUCAUUAGAAGGAUCAAAGAGUGCGUGCUGAUUGGAGCAGCUUAGGCUCUUCUCAACCGCUCACAUGGUACAAGUUUUUGAUGCACCCAAGGGUGAUGACCCUGUUGCAUUAAACCUUGGCUCCAUGGGAAAAGGUGAGGCUUGGGUUAAUGGACAAAGUAUCGGCCAAUAUUGGGUCUCAUUUCAAACGCUUGCAGGCAUUCCAUCACAAACUUGCUACAAUGUUCCAAGAUCAUUUCUCCAACCAGGGGACAAUUUACUAGUCUUAUUCGAAGAGGAAACUGGCAAUCCUCUUGACAUCACCUUAGACACUAUUUCAGUCUCAAAACCGCCAUUGAGAAAGUAAACUACUCUUCCUCUUUUUACACCAAGUUAUUACCUCCACAAACUAUAUUCUUAACAAAGAAAUUUUCAAGAUAUGAAGGAAUAACAUGUUGACCAAAACCAGACAAUUUAAAUUAGGAUAAUUGAUGAAAGGAGUCAAUGGACACCAUAUGUAAAAUUUCUUCAAAAAUUAA